CCGCAGCCCGUGCACACGGGCGGGUCCGGCUCCUGGGCGCCUCCAUCUCACACACACACACACACACACACACACACACACACACACACACACACCACACCACACACUCGCCUCGCGCGCUGCAUCUCGCGCUCCUUCCCAGCGGCUCGCAGGCCCGGCGAGUCCCUGGGUGCCAGCCUCUGGGCAGCGACCCGCUACCCGCCCGGGACCCGCCCCAGGCAGCGGCCAGCCCUCUCCCUCCGCCUCCAUCGCAGCCACCGGCCCCGACCACCUGGCCCGCCGCUCCGGUGGGACGUGGAAGCGGCACGAGGAGCCGGUUGGACCCGCUAACGGUCUUACAGGCAGACCCAGGCCCUAGUCUGCACCACCAUUGUGUGGCUCCCUACGCAGAAAGCCAGAGGACUGAAGGCUUUGCUUUAUGCACUUGGUUUUUGAAGCGGUUGUCCAGCCUCAGACAAAGACAUUCUCUGACCAAGCAGCCCCGCCCAGAUCCUGACCCCGCCAGGCCCCCUGCUGCCAGAACUAGCAGGAUGCUGAUACAGACCUACUUGUCUUCAGAGCCUACUCCUGGGCUUGACUUGUAAUAGCUUCUUAACUAGUACUCUGAAGCCUGGUUUUUCCUUGAAGGUACAGUACCAGCAUUGCUCUCAAUACCUGCAGCAUAUUGGACACACAGAUUCAGGAUCCAUAAGACUUUAUCACCUUGAAACAAGGAUUUAUUUGAUAUCGUCCUCUACCUUUUGUUUAUAUUAACUAAAUUAUUUUUUAAGAGAAUUAACAAAUUUGCCAUAAGAGAAUUUAAGAAAAAUAAUACAAUCUGCACUUUUCAAUUCCUAAAAAUAGCAAGAUGAUAAAAAAUGAAUUAGAAGAUGAGAUUAUUGAAUCUGCCAAAGACCUUUCCAAUGAAGACGCAGCCGAUGAUGCUUUAAAGAAAAGUGAACUAGAGGUUGAUGUCCAAAAAGAGAAACAUACAGAUGCUAACAUCACAGAUAAAAGACUAAGUUGGACCAAUAGGCUACAAUACAUCCUGGCCCAAGUUGGAUUUUCUGUAGGUCUAGGAAAUGUGUGGCGAUUCCCAUACCUAUGUCAGAAGAAUGGGGGUGGUGCAUAUCUUUUGCCCUUUCUUGUAUUGCUUAUGAUAAUAGGUAUUCCACUUUUUUUUCUGGAACUUGCUGUGGGGCAAAGAAUUCGGCAAGGAAGCAUCGGUGUGUGGAAUUACAUAAGCCCUAAAUUGGGUGGUAUUGGAUUUGCAAGUUGUUUUGUGAGCUUCUUUGUGGGUCUCUACUACAAUGUCAUCAUUGGCUGGAGUGUGUUUUAUUUUUCUCAGUCUUUUCAGUAUCCUCUACCUUGGCAUCAGUGUCCUUUGGUGAAAAAUGCUACACAUACUUUGGUAGAGCCAGAAUGUGAAAAAAGUUCUGCCACCACCUAUUACUGGUACAGAAAAGCGUUGGAUGUUUCUGGUUCCAUUUCUGAAAGUGGGGGCUUAAACUGGAAGAUGACCAUCAGCUUGCUGGUUGCCUGGUCCCUGGUUUGCUUUGCUAUGAUCAAAGGCAUUCAGUCUUCUGUAAAAAUUGUGUAUUUUAUUACUCUGACUCCAUAUGUGGUACUUAUAUGUUUCCUAUUCAGAGCACUCUUUCUAAAAGGUUCACUUUAUGGCAUCCGCCAUAUGUUUACCCCUCAGCUUAAGAAAAUGCUGGCGCCCCAAGCCUGGAGGGAAGCUGCUACUCAGGUGUGCUUAGCACUCGGCCUGGGAUUUGGUGGUGUCAUCGCCUUUUCAAGCUACAACAAGGAAGACAACAACUGCCAGUUUGAUGCUAUGCUGGUGCCCUUAAUCAAUUUUUUUACUUCUGUCUUGGCCACAUUGGUGGUGUUUGCAGUUCUUGGCUUCAAAGCAAACAUUGUAAAUGAGAGAUGCAUUGGAGAAAAUACUAAAAUGAUUGACAUAUUUUUGAAAAUGGGCAACAUUUCUCAGGCUAUCAUUCCCUCUCACAUCAACUUCUCAGCUAUUACUGCAGAAGGUUAUCACGAAGUUUAUGACAUCAUUAAAAGGGCGAAAAGGGAGGAGUUUCCUGCUCUUAAUCUACAAUCCUGUUAUGUUGAAGAUGAGCUAAAUAAAGAGGUCCAGGGAGUUGGUUUAGCUUUCAUUGCCUUUACAGAAGCAAUGGAUCAUUUCCCUCUAUCUCCCUUCUGGUCAGUGUUGUUCUUCCUCAUGGUAAUAAAUAUAGGCCUCAGCAGCAUGUUUGGAGUCAUCGAAGGGAUCAUCACGCCUGUGGUAGACAGUUACAAAGUGAGGAAAGAAUUGGCUACUGUUCUCUGUUGUUUUCUGUCAUUUUGUAUUGGCCUGAUAUUUGUGCAACGCUCUGGAAGUUACUUUGUUGCAAUGUUUGAUGAUUAUUCUGCUACGCUGCCAUUUCUAAUUGUAGUCAUUUUUGAGAUUAUUGCUGUAUCCUUUGUCUAUGGCACAGAUAAAUUUAUGGAAGACCUAAGAGAUAUGAUGGGCUUUGCUCCCUACAGAUGUUAUUAUUAUUUGUGGAAAUAUAUUACUCCUCUAGUGCUAUUAUCACUGCUAAUAGUUACUCUUGUGAAUAUGAUAUUAAGUCCUCCUGGCUAUUAUGCAUGGAAUAAAGACAAGGCAUCUAAAGAUUUUCUGAAAUUUCCAACGUGGGCAAUGAUUAUCUGUAUAUCUGUGCUAAUCCUGACAAUACUCCCCAUCCCAGCUGUCUACUUCAUUCGUUGCUGCAAGGACAAUAAUUCAGGUAAUUUAGCCUCUGUGGCCUAUAAAAGAGGAAGGCUACUAAAGGAGCCUGUAAACUUAGAGGGAGAUGAUGCAAGCCUCAUUCAUGGAAAGAUACCAAGCGAAAUGUCAUCUCCAACUUUGGGUAAAAAUAUUUAUCGGAAACAGAGUGGAUCACCGACUUUGGAUACUGCUCCCAAUGGGCGGUAUGGAAUAGGGUAUUUGAUGGCAGAUGUGGCAGAUAUGCCAGAUAUGCCGGAAUCUGACUUGUAGCUGGGGGCAGGGGUAGUUGGCUCAGUGGGUUUUAUUUUAGUUAAUUUCUAUCAAUCAGCAUUGGCUUCAUGAAGAGAAGCCUUAGGCUUCACUCAUCAGAGGGCAAUCUUGGCUGUGAUCUUGAACACUAACAGUGAGUGUAAAUUCAGCUGGUGUAUUCCUUUGUAUUUUUCAGUUUACAUCUGCACAGGAAGAAUGUCAGACAAAGCUUACAGCAACUGAGGUUCACUUUUGUCAGAAUUUUUAAAAACAUUUUUGGUGAUUUUUCAAGUAUUUCUUUCUCUAAAAACAAACAAACAGGUGUUACCUCAGUUUCUAAUAAUUUCUGGAUGUAAUGGCAUUUGCAAUUCAAAAAUGGUGUAUACACUUUCAAAUGUAUGUUUGCCUUCAGGGUAACUCCCAAUGAGCAGCUCUGUAAGUUGGUGCCUCUCAGCACAUUUCUGUGACUGUUUUGUGUAGAUAGGCUAUACUUAUUUUGGUUGCAUUGCUACCUUGUCAGGAAAUUAGUUGAAGAAAACUGCAAAAUAUUUUCUUAUGUGAUUGCUGUAUAGUGCAAUAGUAUCAAAGAAUAAGAAGGCACUAAUAUUGGGAUGAAAGGUUAUAUUCAGGAUCAUGUGUAUGAUGGUUAUAUAUUUUGUGUGAAAUAUGUGUGAAAAUGAUGUGUGAGUCACUUAGCACUCUCAAGAAUUUUAUGCAGACUCUGCAUUUUCCUUUGCCAUGUGCCUACAAAACCUACUUGAUGUUUAUUGUGGAUUCAAUAUUACUCAUAGUAUAUUUAUACAAUAUAUAAUACUUGUAAUAUAGAUGUAUAUUAGUAUUCUAAGUACUGAUUUUAAAACUUGAAGCAAGAUGGCAUUUUAUUUCAUAUCUUUCUGUUUUGCUUCUUUUUUAUGCAAAUAUUAAUCCUUUUUUAAGUGAUUGUUAAAAUUGUAUGGCAUUACAUUUUAAGCUACAAAUAAAAAUUUAAAAUUAUA